CACAUUUUAACUCGUCUGAAGAUAAUGCUUUCGCUGCCAAAUAGAUAAUGCUUUAGCAGGAGCUGGAGCAUCAAGGACAGACGCUGUUACCCGGAGCCCCGAAAAGCUCAAAAGUUUGGGAAAUAUGCGCCCAAAAUGGAAACAGGAGCCUGGAUUAGCAGUAGAUGCAGAUAUCGGAUUGGUAGAUGACAUCGAUGUCCCUAGUCGAUUAUCGUUGGACGGCAUAAGCGCAAUAUUGGUGGAGGAACCAUCCACGUACUCUUUGGAAUCCAGCAUUGAGGCCCUUGAUGGUAGUUUGGUGGAGCAAGCGAAGAUCAUAGAGAACUAUAAUAAACUUAUGUUUGAGUGCGAGAAACCUAAAUUAAAAAAUAAAGUUGGCAAGGUAUACUUGGAGAAUUGUAACUUCAGCUUCGGGCCAGGACUCGACAUUCCAAGUCUCGAAAAACCCCCAGUUGAAAGGAGAAGAAUUGCUGAUUUCGAUGAUAUCCUUCCUUACAUUGGAGAGUUUGGACGAUACCAAAAACUUCUUUUCCUUUGUAUGAUACCGUUCUCGUUUUUCGUUUCUUUUGUGUACUUCACUCAAAUAUUCAUCACGGCUGUGCCCGAGAAUUACUGGUGUCAUGUGCCUCAACUUACCAAUUUCACCGAAACUCAAAAGAAGAAGUUAAGUAUUCCGAAGUCAGGAGGAGAAUACGAUCGUUGCUCCAUGUUCAACGUCAAUUACAAUGAACUUUUGGCAUCCGGGAAACAGGAGGCCGAUCCAUCCUGGCCCGUGGUUGGGUGUCGACACGGAUGGGAUUACAAUUUUACUGAAAUACCCUACGCUUCAAUCGCAGCACAGUUAAACUGGGUGUGCGACAAAGGUGCGUUACCUGCAAUUGCUCAGGCAAUGUUUUUUUUCGGUGCCAUACUAGGAGGCCUGCUCUUCGGCUGGAUCGCCGACCGCUACGGGCGGAUCGCCGCGCUGGUCGGCUCCAACGCUGUCGGCUUCGUCGGCGGAGUUCUGACCGCAUUCUCACACGACUUCAUCAGUUUCGCGUUUUGCAGAUUUCUAGUCGGCUUCGCCUUUGAUAACUGCUUUACCAUGAUGUACAUAUUAGUGUUGGAAUAUGUGGGGCCAAAAUGGCGAACUUUCGUCGCUAAUAUGAGCAUAGCCAUAUUUUUCACACUAGCGUCGUGCUUGUUGCCGUGGAUUGCGUACUUUAUUCGUGAUUGGCGAUGGAUUGCGGUGGCUACUUCUGUGCCACUUCUUUUUGCUGCCUUAACUCCGUUCGUUGUGCCUGAGAGUGCUCGGUGGCUGAUAUCGAGAGGCAUGACUGGAGAGGCAGUACAUAUUAUAAAGAAAUUCGAGAAAUUGAAUGGGAAACACGUGGAGCCAUUCGUAUACUCAGAGUUUAUAGAGAGCUGUGAAAGACUUCGAAGAGAGGAAGAAACCGGGAGAAAUUACUCCGUUUUGGAUCUCUUCAAAAGCCCUCAUCUACGAAAAAUCACUUUACUACUUAUCGUAAUCUGGAUGCUCACAUCUCUUGUAUUUGACGGUCAUGUGAGGAAUAUUUCAAAUUUCGGUCUGGAUCUCUUCAUCACAUUCACCGUAGUUUGUGCAACAGAAUUACCAGCUGACAUUCUUCUCACUCUUACUUUAGACAGGUUUGGGCGGCGGUGGAUCUCUUGUCUAUCCAUGGUUCUAGGUGGAGUGUUUUCUCUAUUGGCCUCUGCCGUGUCUUUCGGGACGGUUUCAGCUAGUCUGGCAGUUCUUGGUCGGUUCAGUGUGAACAUUAGUUACAGCGUGGGACUCCAAUAUGCCGCUGAACUUCUGCCCACGGUAGUCAGGGCUCAAGGGGUCGCUUUCAUUCAUAUCAUGGGAUACGUUGCCAGCAUACUAUCACCGUUCAUCGUUUAUUUGGGUGUGUUAAGCCCCACCCUGCCGUUCCUCGUUCUGGGUGUGUUCGGCAUAGUCGGUGGAUUUCUGGCUCUCUUGCUGCCAGAGACUUUGAACAAGGAUCUGCCACAAACGUUAGCAGAUGGAGAAGAAUUUGGAAAAGAUCAGGUUUUCCUCGAAUUUCCUUGCCUCAGUCGGUCCUCGGACGGUGAAGACGACUGGCCACGGAAAACGAGUAACUUGAAGCGAAGCCACGACUCGCAGUCGGACGGAAGCUCCUUGCGAGCGUCUCUCAGAGCGGAAGUCUAUCGAAGCAGCAUGAUUCGAAGGAAAAGGAAGAGCAGAGCCCCACUUCCGAUUGAGGCAGGCAAUAUUGCCAUUUAGCUCAAGACUCUACUUUUAAAUUCUUAGGAAUCUGAAUCAUUGUGGAAAAGUCAGCGUCACUAUGGUGAUCAGCGGGCUGGUUAUUGAGAUUGGCAGACAAAAUGAUAGACAAAGACAACAUAGGGAAAUGGAGCGAUCCCAUUGAUAGAAGCAGUCGGUUGCAAUGGAGGAAGGAAGUAAGUAGUAAACCGACCCACUAAUGACUCUCUAGUCAUUUGCAGCCCGAAUCAUUGUCCCCUUUCCUGUAACAACCACGCGUUUCAACAAUGGGAUCGCUUCGUUUUUUCUUUGUCUGCUGUGUCCAAAGCUUUGUCUAUCAAUUUAAAUAAUCAACCCGCUAGAACACACUGUUGGAUAUGGGUCGUUUAUACUCGAAGUUGAAUAAUUCCGUGCUCAAAAAAGGAGUAGUGCGUAAACUAUUGAGAGCCAGAAUAAAUGACUCUGGACAUUAGUAAAAUACAGUACACUCGAUGGAACUGUAAAUGCAUGGGAAGAGUAAAUCUCAGGUGAGAAGAGGCCAUCUUGAAGGUCCGUUCAUGAAAUACGUAACGCUAAAUUUCAGACUUUUCAACCUCCUCCUCCUUUUUUCCCACUCAUAAUGCCUUUUUAACUCAAGUUCCCAUACUUGAACAUGUAAAAAUAAAAUGACGUAAGGUUCUCCUCGGCCCCCUCCCAGCUCCUUAGAACGUUAUGUAUUUUAUGAACGGUCCCUGAUCGCGAGGAGAAAAUUAACUAAGAUUUAUUUAACUCUGAUUGAUUUGGACUACGUUAUUUAAGACGCACUUGAUGGGACGGUCACAAAAUUCCAGGAGUAGCAAAGAAGUGAACUUCUAUAUUUUUAACAACGCGUCAAUGCCUCAGAGCAGAGCCAUCUGAUAUUUGAUUUACUCUUCGUAAUAUCUUAUUAUUGGCUUUUUGGAGAUCUUCAAUAACAUUUCCAUGUGUAUUGACAAAACUGGUAGUCCUCUGUAACUGACAAUAGCAACGGUCAUGAGAAAUAGAGUUCCAAAAAUUGCAAAUUACAUUGUUAUGAAUUAGAAAAACACGUUAUUCUCUUUUAGGGUAUAGAAAUAACUGAAAUGGAGAUAGGUGCCUUUUGACUCACAAUACUAUUCAGUCUGAUAUCUGUAUGAAACUUCCUUGCAUUACAAAACAAAUAUUAAUAAAUUAUAUCACAACAUUGGUUAAAAA